UUCUCCCGAACUCUGUGUUAUCCCAUAACCCUGCGCGCAGCGUGACGGAAGUAAAGAGGGGGGUGGGGGUACAGUAACUUUAGCAGCGUCGGCUGAUCUCGAUUGGCGCGCGAUUCAUUUUGAAAAUAGAAAGUGUUACAGAAAAAUGGAGAUUGAAAAAGGCACUCAGGAGAAAGAGGAGUUUGUGGCUUUUAAAGAAGUAGCAAGUGUUGCCAGGGACUGGGUGGUGGAUUUUAUGUUUCGAUCUCUUUGUUAUUACUUCACAAACGACCAAUACAAGGAUUUUGCACACACGAGGGACGUCUUGCAAGCUAUAGGAUUAGAUUCCAGCCUCAAGUCUGAUCAAAAUAAGAAGUUUCAAGCAUGUCUCUUUCUGUCACGAAUUGUGGAAGGGAAAAAUUUGGAUUGCCAGUUUGAAGAAGAUGACAAAAUUACACCAUUAGAGUCUGCAUUGUCUCUCUGGAGUUUAAUGGAAAAUAAACCAGAGGGCAGAAAAGAGGGUCUAUAUGAAGAAAUCAGAAUGCUGAUAUUUGUUCAGGCUGUAGCAGUUUCAAUGGAAAAAGGCCAGUAUAAAAAAGCUUCCCAGGUCCUUGACAGGCUUUCUGAAAAACAUGCAAUGCAAGAGUCCUUAAAAAUGAAGCUAUCCCUCAUUGUUACCAAGAAGGACACGUAUCAUCAGUUUCUCAUGGCUUUCAGUUUUGACGCCUUGCUAAAGAAAGUCAAGAUAUUUAUAGAUUCUUUUUUAAAAGAUCACCCUUCAGACUUCCUCCUAAAGGCAGCAACAAAAGUGGUGAUGGUCUGUAAUGAAAAUGGAAUAGAAACGCAGCAGUCCAAAGAGAGUGAGGAAUGUAGAACCCCACCGCUGGAGAGCCAAAAACCUGAAAGCAACGAAGAAACACAACAGUCUACAUUGCCAAAAGCCACGGAUGAAAAUGGGCCUAAAAGAAAACUCUUUUCAAUGCAGGAAGCUAAUCCCUGGAAACCCAGAAGUACAAGAAAAGCAGUUGCCAAUAUUUCAUAUCAAUUAAAACGUAAGCAGUCAUCAUUGCCAGUGGUCUCAAAUGACAGAGAAUCCAAGAUAUGUCAAAGAGAACCAAGAAGAAAACAGCCAUGGUUAUGGGAAGAAGACAUGGAGCUGAAAGUGGGAGUGAAGCAGUUUGGGGAAGGACACUGGAGUAAGAUUCUGCAGCAUUACAACUUUAAGGGUCGUACUAGUGUCAUGCUUAAGGAUAGGUGGAGAACAAUGAAGAAGCUGGACUUGGUCAUUGCUGAAAGUGAAUGACUUUAGGUGAACAAUUCAGACUUUCCAUUUCAGUGUUAUUUUUAAUACCAUUGCAAAAAAAAUGAGUUUUUACUCCAUUGAAUACAAAUAAUAGAAACCUAAAACUGAGAUUCUUGCUGUUUGUGUGGAGAAAGGCAGAGUUCUGCACUUCAGUAAGAAUGAUAAUUACUGCCAGUUAUAACUUGCUUGAAUAUAGUGUGUGUGUCAUAUAUAUAUAUAUAUAUAUA